AUGGAGAGCGGCGCGAGGGAAAAGGUGACGGACGCGGACUCGAUUCGCCGGCACGAGGGGGAGGAGGGGCAGCCGCGCGGCAAACAUCAUCGCCGCUACUCAGAAGAGUCAUCGGCAUCGCGCUCUGCUCCUGUUCCUGUUCCUGCCUCUGCUGCAACUUCGGCUGUGGCGCCAGUGAUGUCGAGAGCCGUGGCGUCGAAGAGGAUAGACGUCAUUGUGCGGGGCGUGCUGGAGAGUGCGGUGUGCCACGAGGCUGACACACUUUUUGCUCGUACGUAUUGGGUGCACGGCACCGACUGGGCACCGCUGGCGAACGUGACUGCCGCCGAGGAGGUUGUCACCGCCUCGCCGCUUGUGGCCCCGCUGGAGCGCCAGACGAAUAGCGAGGUGAUCACGCAGCUCUCCUGGAGCUCCAACGACCCGUUUGCGCGAUUCACGUGGGCGACCCCAUUUGAGUGUGCCUUGCGUGGCACCAACCCGCAUGGGUGGCCACAACUUGUAGUAACACUGCACACGGUGCCAAACGUUGUGCCAACGACCAGGCCAGCGCGCUCAGGAGGCGCAAGUGGUAGCGGGGAGAAGUGCCUCUCAUAUAGUCGUUGUUUUAUUCCGUUGCGCAGCGGGACGUACCGCAAGCAGUUGCCCCUGCUGCAGUUGAUGCCCAACACACGAAAACUGGCGUGGAUUGGGUGGUGGACAGGUGAGCGCUUAGAGCUGCGGGAUCCGGCGUUUCUCUGCAGCGGAGAGGAUCGGCGUGUGCUGUGUGCCAAGCCGCUCCCCGGACACAUCUCACUGUCGCUCUCCGUCGUAGUUAACGGAUUCACAGAGUGCGGCAUUGAGCCGUGA